AUGUCUUUCUUCUUCUCUCUGUUCUCCAGACAUAAGAUCUGCUUUGAUGGUGCGUUGCCCGUCUCCAAGCGAGAAACUCGCUUUGGCCGGAUUGAGAAGUUGCGACAACGAUUGGAAGUCGCUCGCCGAAACCUCCCUCUUCCUGCAACACCCAAAUGCCGCGAUGUGAUCCCGGCUACGCCAGGACAGGUCUGGUGCAGUCGAGUCAUGCCUCGUCGACGAAGAGGCCUUCCAGAGAGUCCCUUCAUGGUAUCGGCGGUCUUUGAGGAUUUGCGCCACCGAUGGAACAAGGAACAAAUUAAGAAAGAGGUCGACGAUGAUAUCAGUUGCUUUGUCACUGAUAUCGAAUAUCCCUGGGCGGAAAUCACCGUCAUGGUGCCGGGAGAAGCAGACGUCGAGUGCGCCCGUGUCGCAAGACUGACCGGUUGUGCAGUGUUGACAAGUGAUUCAGACCUCCUGCUUCAUGACCUUGGUUCACAUGGUGCAGUCUUGUUUUUAGAGUCUGUGCAAUCCUCCUCGGGUAUCUGGAACCCCGCCGAGCCCGAUAUUAGGGGACAAAGAAUCUGUCCCCAUGCGCUCUCUCACCGAGCGGGAGUCGCAAACGUACAGUGGUUUGCGUACGAAUUAUCGAAUAACGUUCAUUUGGGUUUUGCUGAACUUGCUCGGAAAUCUAAGGAGGGUAGUGCAAGAACUGAGCUCUCGCCUGAAUAUCAAGAAUUUCUUCGAGAAUAUGACCAUGAGACCUCAGAUGACAAGAUGAUACGUGCAGCAGGCCAGUCAGCACCACCCUUGGAUCCUAGGGUGUCAGAGUUAUUCUGGCAAUAUGAACUUCCUGAUAUCUACCGCUCGGGUGAACAAGCACAUGUCUACCUUGGAGUUCUCAAUGAAGACUCUUCCAGGCGAUGUGCCUGGGAACAAGGUCGAACAUAUAGGAGCCUUGGAUACUCCCUUUUCAACAAUUCUCGGCCUGCUGCCAACCGGUUCGAGAUUGUGCAUGAAUUUGUUCGCAGAGGUGGAAGGAUCGUGGCCGAAGAGAUCACUUUAAGCGGAACCAAGACCACGAACUCUGACCUAGAUCUGCUCCAAAAACGCAUUGCCCUAGCACAAAAUACUUUUGGCAAUGGUCUGCCCGCAGAGACCUUCUGGUUUUUGUUCGUUAUUUCUGAGAUCUACCUUGAUGGAGCCAACACAACCACACUUCCAAGUGGGAAGCAGUUGGAGAACUUCCUUACUAAAGGAUAUAUGCUGCAAAGCACUAAAUGGACAGACAUUCACUUUCUUGCUCAAAUACAAGCUGCACUGUACUCUCUACGGAUACUGAAGCAGCUGGUUGAUAUCGCAGCCCUUGGUGAUGAGACGGGUGAUUUGAUAUCACUUCUCGCGAGUUUACCUCCUCUACACAUAAUGAUGUCGCGACAGCGAAUGGCUCAGAGCUUUGCUGAUACUCAUUUUGUCCGGCGUGCAAUUCGUCAAUUGUUAGAAACAUAUGGUUAA